AUGAAACGGGCUGACGGUCGAGAGUCUCCGGAGGCAGUGCGGGCCAUCCACGUCGCCACCAACAUGCUGGCCAACUGUCACAGUAGCGCCUGCGUCGAGAUUGGUCAGACACGCGUCCUGUGUGGUGUCCGUCCGCCGCAGCAGCUCGUUCAGGAAUACCGCGGCACGCGCGGCCGUGUCAGCUGCCAAGUCCACCGCAGCUUAGCGUCCUCGUUGAAUCUCGACAACUCUAGCGACCGCGACAUGGCCCUCGCGCUCGAGGGAGUGGCAGAGCAAGCGGUAGUGCUGGAGCGCAUUCCACAACUGCUCGUGGAGGUGCUGAUUGAGAUAGUGCACGACGACGGGGCUGUCUGGGACGCUGCGACGACCGCCUUGUGCGCCGCCCUCACCGCAGGUGGCGUGGAGCUUUACGACUCGUUUUCGGCGUGCAGCGCCGCGUUGCGGCACGAUGGUGCCAUUGUUGCGGACCUUGCGCGAGAGGAGGCGGCAACGGCGAUAGCGAGCGUGGUGGUGUGCAGCGGCCUCUCCCUCGGCGGCGUGUACUACUGCUGCCACAGAGGCGCGUGCGAGGCAACAACGAUGAGCCAGCUGCUGCAAGCGGCGAUGAAGGGAAUACAAGUGCGCAAGGUCCCACUUUUAGAGCAGAUCCGGAACCCGUUGGUCUAA